AGGCCCGGGGAGCAGGUGGAGGGUUGGCGGCGGCGGCGGCGGGGCUGCCAUGGCUCGGCCUCCCGGUGCAGGGCACCGACUCCCACCUCUCCCCUCCUGGCCUGUCCCCCAUGCCUGCCAGACCUUCGCCUUUGCCGGGGCUCCCGCCUGAGCAGCCUCCCCUCCCCAUCUGGUUGGGAUUUGGGGGCUGAGCCGUCUGGGGUCCCGGGGCCAAUGCAGUGCCGGCUCCUCCGGGGCCUGGUCGGAGUCCUCCUCACCCUUCUGUGCAUGGGGCUCCUCUCCCUACGGUACCACUCAAGCCUGUCCCCGCAGGGCGUGCCGGAGACCCCCAGGCUGAGCCCGCCAAGCCCUCGGCCCCCCGAGCUGCAGCUGCACGACGUCUUCAUCGCAGUCAAGACAACCCGAGCCUUCCACCGCUCCCGCCUGGAGCUGCUGCUCGACACGUGGGUCUCCAGGACCAGGGAACAGACGUUCAUCUUCACCGACAGCCCAGAUGAAGGCCUCCAGGAGAGACUGGGGUCCCACCUCGUGGUCACCAACUGCUCUGCAGAGCACAGCCACCCCGCCCUGUCCUGCAAGAUGGCUGCUGAAUUUGAUGCCUUCUUGGCCAGUGGGCUGAGGUGGUUCUGCCAUGUGGAUGACGACAACUACCUAAACCCGAAGGCGCUGCUGAAGCUGCUAAAAACCUUCCCACGGACCCGCGACGUUUACCUAGGCCGGCCCAGCCUGAACCGGCCAAUCCGCGCUUCUGAGCCGCAGCCGCACAACCGCACGAGGCUGGUACAGUUCUGGUUUGCCACUGGGGGCGCUGGUUUCUGCAUCAACCGCAAACUGGCUUUGAAGAUGGCCCCGUGGGCCAGAAGGGGCGCUGCUGUUGAGGGCAGCAAGCAUUUCUUUCUCAUCUCUGUGUCCUCAGCCUCUGUGUCCUGGUGGCUGGCAGCAGUGGCCCCCGCUUCAUGGACACGUCUGCCCUCAUCCGGCUGCCUGACGACUGCACUGUGGGCUACAUUGUCGAGUGCAAGCUGGGCGGCCACCUGCACUCGAGUCCCCUCUUCCACUCCCACCUGGAGACCCUACAGCUGCUGGGCGCUGCCCAGCUCCUGCAGCAGGUCACCCUCAGCUAUGGCGUCUUUGAGGGGAAACUCAAUGUCAUUAAGCUCCAUGGCCCCUUCUCCCAUGAGGAGGACCCCUCUAGGUUUCGCUCCCUCCAUUGCCUCCUCUACCCAGAUACUCCCUGGUGCCCACAGCUGGUGGCCCGAUGAAGCCUGAACCACUGAGCGAAGGUUGGGCUGAGACCUCCGGUUGUCCUUAGCCUCCCAGGCAGCCUUGAGGGCCCGUGGCAGGUCCCGUGUGGGGGGGCAGUCCCUGGCAGGGCCUCUGAGUGGUGGGCAAGCCCGUGAUUGGAUGGUGGCUGGCAUCCCAAGCCCCUGGGAGGUGGGUUGGACAGCCCAGGACCAGGUGCACCACGUGAGGGCCAGAGAGGCCUCAGGGGCUGGGCUUCCAUGGGCUUUGACUGAAUUAAGCAAGGGCAGCUGAGGAGUCCUAACCCUCCAGAGCGUUACCUGGGUCCCUGGGUGUCAUCAGAGCCCCCAGCCCUGGUCUCUCAGUCCCUCUCCCGGGGUCAAGCACUGCGGUGCCCACUCCUGACUUCCUUGGCUGUAUCCCCAACCAUGGUGGGGGCCCAGGUGGAAGAGGGGCAGAAUCGAGGGUCUGCGGCAGGUACUGUUGCUGCUGACCAGCCUCCAGCCCCUGCUCUCCACCCGAUUUCGUGUGGAGCAUCUGCAUGACCAGACCCAGGUGAUGGAUCAGAAUGGGUCCCAGUCAAUCAUGGUGAUCCUUUUGCUCACUUUCCCAGCUUCCCUUGCUGUUAGGAGCUACUAUAUGACCCAGCUCUGGCCAGAGCCAGAGCUCUGUCUGUUAGUAUGAAUUAAGCAAAGCCCAUAGGGAGGCUUCUGGGGAAGCUUUUGCAGCCCCAGACCAUCUUCCUGCUGUGAGGGUGGGUGUGAUGUCUGGAUCUAGGGCAGCCACCUUGCUGCCAUGAAGGAAAGGCCAAGACAAUCAUCGGCAGCUGUCCCUUCUAACACCCGGUUCUGUAAGAAAAUUAAACCUUUAUUUGUUUAA